AACGCGUUUUCGAAAGAAGGACCUUGUGCGACCAUGGAUGUAUUCACAGUAGCCACAGCCGUUACAGCUCUAAGUGCAACUGUCGCCAUCGUAGUGUACUUGCUACUCUCUCAUCACCUGACUACACAAUCGUCGUCUUGGCCCAAGACUAAGCAAUCUCUGGCUUACAUUCAAAAGGUGGUACCGAAGAAGAAAAAAAUUCAAACACCACUUAACUCUCUUAACGACUUCAUACCAGUGGGGGAAGCGACAGCGGUCCAUGACGUGGUACAACUGUUUGUCCGUCGUGGGAACGAGUUUUCUGUGUACAGUAUAGACUGGGAACAAGAAGUGGUGGUGUUGAUCCGACCCGUGGAUGGUGCGGAUCUGAAAACACAUCCGUUCUUUCGUGAGGCUCAGAGACGGAAAGCAGUCGAGGUUCUCUGUGUCCCCUUGGAGCGACUCCAGGACGUGGCGAGCGCUGUUGCUGACGAAGUUGCGCAUGUGCAGGAAGUCUUCAUUUUCAUGACAGCGCGAUGUGGUUCGACUCUGGUAACGCGACUUGUAGAGGCCACAUCGGUGGCACAGGCUGUGUGUGAGGAUGACGUCUUCUCUGUCAUUCACAUGGCUGUCCACCGACUCAAGCGGUCCUAUCAACAAGGCCGGACUCCGCCUCAUCACAGCUGUUACACGCUUCUGUCAAAUGAAGAGUCUACCAUUGGUCUUCUGAGGAACGUCGUCACCUUGCUAAACUACAACCUCGUGACGUCAGAUCCACGUCAUCGCCACGUCAUUUUCUACAAGUUCAUGCCUGACGUCAUCCUCCUGGCUGACCUGAUGGCUCGCGCCUUCCCGUCCGCCAAGACAGUCUUCAUGUACAGAAACGGACUGGAAGUAUCAGAAUCGUUACUUCGACCCUACGUCCAACAAUGGCACGUGCGUUACGUGGCUUACCGAGCAAUGACACGCCUUGGGUUUGGGAGGCUUGUGUCCCACACAGCACAAGCUGACCACGCUCAAUGUUUCGGAGAUGACCCGAAGUUCUCACAGGUGCACUAUCGUGGUUCUGGCUUCUUUGACCUGUUCACGUUGUGGGUCGGUGUGAUGGAUUGCGCCGCAGAUCUGCAGAGGAAGCAACCUGAGCAUUUCUUCCACGCCGUCAUCCACUACUCAGACCUCGUCAACAACAAAGAGAAGACGUUCCGUCUACUCAUGAAGAAUCUCGGCUUGAAGUGGAGUCCAGAGGACCCCGGAGAAGACAAGGAUAAGAUCGAGAGAGCUUUGGUUGAGGACAGCCAAGCAGGAACCGUGCUGUCCGCAAAAGGCAGGAGGCCCGGUGAGAAGUGGGAACCGGACGUUUCGCCGCGCUGGGUGGGGCAGUGGGAACGAGAGUACUUUGAGGAAGUCUGUCGUCAUGCUGGGAACGAGAUCCCCGGGCCUGACUUUCUCCUUCCUGACACCAUAGUGUGAACUAGCAGUGGUCGGGAUUUUUUUCCGUCUGCUCAGAGAAUUGCAAUACGAACAAAGGAAGUGUAGUUUUGUUCUGUUGACUGGUAUAAGGGAUAAAACAGUAACUAUCUAUUGUAACAGUACUUACUAAUUGAAACGGGGCUCUUUUUAGCUUUGAAGUCGUAAGAUUUUACUGAAUUUGCUCUU